UCGUUAGUUUAUGUUCGUUGAUUGGUAUGUUGCGAAGUACGAAAAACGUUGAAACAGCGUUUGAGUAUACUCGAUAACGUCAUUCACAAAGGAAUGAUAUCUAACGAGAGCUACUUAGAUAAUACGCGACAUAUCAUCAGUUAAUUACAUAAAGCAACUAAAUAUAAACUCAUCUGCUAUCGCUUUUGAUUAUGCGAUUAUAAUUUUUUCGGCUUUAACGAUGUUAGACGAAUAUUAUCAACAUUACACGUUCGCGAACAACAUAGGUUCCUACAUAGAACCGCUUUUAAAGCGUGUUGUACACUCCAAAAGAAUCGGCAUUGCUUAUGGUGGAGUAAAAGUGAAUAUGGGACCGACAAGUUGCAAUAGACCCAAGAACGAUUGUUACAAGUUGAUGAUUCCUUAUGCAUGCGAAAAUCUUUUGUGGACUGUAUUAUUCGAUUCGCAGUAUCCUGAGAUAGGCCCGGAUUUUAUAUUCAACGAUCAGAAUUUUUUAAUGGAUCCAGACAUUGACAUUUUAUCUACCAAGGUACCAAGCCUUGUCAAAUGGGAUCCAACAGACAGUGAUGCAUUACUCAAUGUUUUGAUUGAAUUGUUAUUGUAUUACAAAGAAAUUCAGAUAGAGUCCCUCGCACAACAGAGUGAUCGAUUGCAUUUUGAAUAUAGCACGCUUGUUGGAGGAGCAGAAUUACCCAGGAAUGAUAUAGAAGUGAUAUUGUUACCGCUGGGAGGAAAACCAACAGAAGCAAGAUUUUUAAUUCGCAUAUCAAUGGAUUGUUGUUUACCUCCAUGUGUUGAUAAGUUACAUGACAAUGAAGCCAUGCUCCGUGUCACUUUUUAUGGACCAAAUUGGAAUCGUAUUGUACCAAAACUCUGUUUGUCCAAAACACUGGAAAAAACUUUAGGCGGACCUGAUACGUUGCAUCUUCCACAAUUUCCACCUACUAAAUAUUUAAUGGAUUAUGUUCCAGAAGUAAAAAAGUACAUUGAGGAAAAGAUAAACGCCGUGGUCGAGUGCUUCGAGAACAGAAGAGAUUUUAUCGCGACUGUGUUAAUGAUACAAGGCAGUAGCGUAAUAGAGUACGACACGAAGGAAUUUAAUAACAUGACUAUUAUGCUGGAAUCCCGAGACUUCCAUUUUCUAGUGCAUUUCCACCUUUCUGCAAAAUUUCCGAAAGAGCAGCCGCAAAUUACAUUGCAAUCGGUGUAUCAUAUGACGCCAGAAGGAGUUUUGUACGAAGAGGUACUGGAUAACGUGCCAUAUAGCCCUAGAUGGACGAUGAAUCAUAUGGUUGAAAUGUUCUUCACGCACAUCAUGGAAGAAGCGGUUCACAAAUUUCAGAAAAGCUCUGUCAAAAGUCAUCGUUAUUGAUUAUUUCUAUUCCAAAAGUAUAUAUUUUUAUUACAGAAUGUAUAUUUAAUAGUUGAUCAAAAUAAAGA